GUGGGGCGACGGCCCGAACUCUGCCGCGCGGCUCGCGGAGCUGGCGGGCCACCUUGGGCGCGGCGGGGGGCUACCUUUCCGAGGGUGCCGCUGCCUGCCUUGCCGGGGAGUUGCAGGCAGACGCCCUUCCUGGCGCCGCCGACGGGCUGCAGAAGGUGAGGGCUUGGAAGCUCCUGGUCCUCAUCUGGCGCAUGCUGCUGCGACGGACCGCGAGCACUGGAGCGCCAGGGCGGCGAGAGCUCGAAGCGCUACUGGAGCAGUUCGAGGACGGCUCCUGGGAAGCGUUGCUGGCCCCAAGCCCGCAAGGGCAGCGGCCUCCGGGAGGAGCGCGCGGCGCUGGCGACGCCGAGGCGAGGCGCCAGCGCCUCCUGGAAGACGCGGUGGUGCUGGUCAGAGCAGGGGGCCUCGGCAAGGCGCGGCAGCUGCUCGCCUCGCGCGGGCUGGCGCCGGGCACGGCGGAGACUUUGGCAGAACUGCGGGACCCCGCCCGGCGACCGCCGAGGCCCGCCGCCGACUUGCCGCCUGCCGCCCGAGCCUUCCAGCCGGCUCGGCCCGUCGAGCUCGACCGCCGCAUCUGGACCGACUGCGUCCGCUCCGCCCCGAAAGGGUCUUCCAGCUCGCUGAGCGGAGCCAGCUUUGAAUUUCUCAAGCUGGCCUUGGACGAAGACGAGACGCUCGAGCUGCAAGCUGCCGUGGCGGAGCGCUACGCGCGGGCCGAGAUCCCAGCGAGCGUUGCCCGCGCCCUGGGCACAGGCCGCAUGGCGGCGCUGCUGAAGGCCCACGACCGCGGGCUGCAGGAGGCGCUGCACGACCUCCUCGACCUCGACCCCGCGCCAGCUGAAGCAGAGAGGCUCUCCCGAGUGAGCUCGCUGCCGCUCGGCCUCGGAGGCCUUGGACUCAGGUCAGCCGCUCGCGCGGCCGAGUGCGCGUACUGGGCGUCUUGGGCGGACGCGCUCCCCAUGUUGCGACAAAGAACCCCUACAGCAGCAACGGAGCUCGCCGCCACCCUCCUCGCCGGAACAGGCGCCGCAGCCUCGUGCCUCCAGGAAGCUGGGCGCGCGAGGGCUGCCGCCGCCCGCGACGGCUUUGCGACGUGCCCAACUUGGCAGGAGGUCUGGGACGGCGCGCGCCCUGAACAGACAGAGCCAGCUCCGGGCGAGUGGAAGCACGGAUGGCAGUACCACGCCUCCGCAGCCCGAGAGCGGCGCUACAGGGAGGAGGUCGUUCUCCCGAGCCUCACAGACGACCAGCAGUGGAUGCUCGACUCGCAGGGAGGCCGCUGCGGCGGACGGCACCUGGCCCUGAUCCCCUCGACGCCAGAAAGCACGUUCACGCCUGAGCGCUUCUGGGCACUGCUCCAGAGACGGCCCCGCUUGCCGCUGGACGCCACGGCAAGCAGGUGCAACGGGCGCUCCUGCCAGGCGCCCCGCAAACAGGCCGGUCAGGGGCUCACGCCAGGCGCCCCGCACUUGGACGAGAGAGGCGACCACAGAGCAGCUUGCCCCCGCAGCGGACGCCUGCUGAAGCGCGGCGCUCCCAUCGAGCGGAUGUGGGCCCGGGUGUGCCAGGAGGCAGGAGGCCGUGUCCGCGCCAACGUGUUCCUGCGCGACAUGAACCUCCCGGGCAUUGCCGCCAACGACGGGCGCCGCAUCGAGGUGGUGGCCAACGGCCUCCCUGCCUACCACGGCAGGCAGCUCGCCAUCGACGCCUGCAUCGUGUCCCCGCUGAGGGCCACCGGCAGGCCGAUUGCGCGGAGGCUCCGCCCAGGACUCGCGCUGAAACGGGCGAGGCGCCGCAAGCAAACGACUUGCCCUGAGCUGGUGGGCUCGCGGCGGGGCUACCUGCUCGUAGCCGGAGCAGAGACGGGCGGCCGCUGGGACGAGGAGGCGUACAAGCUCCUCGUUACCCUGGCCCGCGCCCGGGCGAGGAGCGCGCCGGCGGCGCUGCGAGGAUCGCUUGCGACCGCGCUGCUGCACAGGUGGAGCGGCAUGUUGGCGUACGCCAUCCACGACGCCCUGGCCGCGAGCCUGCUCGAGGACGUGCCCUCUGAAACGCUAGCGACAGACGGGGAGAAUCCCUGGCGAGGGGACGUUCUGUCGGCGCUCCCCUGA